CAUUUCGCCUAUGGAGCUGAUUGUGUGAGAGAGACAUGAAAAUUGUUUCGUUUUUUAACUAGAAUAUUUCGUCAAUUCAAAUAUAAGGCGAUUUUCCAUUUAAACUUAAGAAAAUCUUUAAAUCGGAGAUUUGUCGACACUUUGAAAUGCCGCUUUCAUUUUCUGAAGAAGGUGAACAGCUCGCCGAUAAAUCACCGUGUGCAGAACUUCGAGCUCGAUUGAAAAUGUGCCUAUUGGACAGUGACUGUUGUAAAAAGGAAAAGGUGUUGCCUCGUGAUUGCUUGAAACGGAAAGAUAAUACAGUACCUGAAGAAUGUCAUAAAUUGAACUACACAUUUUUCGAAUGCAAACGAUCAAUCUUGGACAUGCGAUCCAGAUUUCGUGGCCGAAAGGGAGAAAACUAUGACUAGUCAUUAAACCAAUUUUUGAGAGCUAAUUUUGUUAUAUAAAGAUUUGUAGGUUUGCCAAUUUAAGAAGACAAAUAAAUAUCCAAGUGAUAAUAAUAAAGUACGAUGUUUGUUCAUUUCUGCAA